AUGCGAGCGCGCGCGAGCGCGGGUGCGCAUACACGCCCGAGCGUAUCGACGCGGCGGCGGACGCGACAGCGCGCGCGGUCGUCGUGCACGGGCGUGGAUUUCGCCGAUGACGACCGAAAGGCCUACGGUGAGUGGGGCGCCGACGGGCUGCGACAGUGCUCGUCCACGCAGGCGGCGAUGGCGGGCGAGUGGGAAGACGCCUGUCGCGACGCGUGGUGGCGACGGGGGGUCCGGAGCGAGACGAAGUUGGCGCGGUUGAUCAUACUCGGUUCGAGGCACCGCCGAGACGUCGUAGGAGAGGUGUUUCGAGACGCGAACGCGAUCGACGCGAUGUGCGAGACGCUCGAGCGGUUGGUACCCGGCGUGAGCCCAGGAGCGGUAUUUCAUAAGUGCCCAGAAGCUGGGGUGGUCAUGGUUGACGCGUUGAGGGCGCAGAGACAGUUGGUCAUGGUCCGCACGGCAUUAGCGGCGAUGACGACGCUGGACAUGGCGCGCGUUAUAGAUGGCGCGCCUCAACUUCUGGUCGUGGGUGACCUGAGUGGCGUCGAGCGGGCGCUGGAAUCGCUCGCAGAGGCGUUGGGCGUGUCACCAGACGAUGCGCGUUUACGGGAAACUAUCGAAUCCAGCCCCGACGCGCUCUUUCUUACGCGUGAGGAAAUAUCCAUCGCUGCGGAGGAUCUGCUCGCGCUGAAUGAUAGUUUGCAUCAUCCGACGCUCGCGGAUUUCGUCGCUGCGCACGCGGAGGCCCUCGUAUUCCCGCAUAUGAGAUGCUCGUUGAAGCAUACUCUCGAGCUGAGGCGUGGAAGAUGA